AUGCCCUCGGGCCCCGCCCGCCCCCAUCUCGCCUCCCACCGCCUCUUCCCGGGCCGGUGGGGCCGUAUAAAAGCGGGCGGACCCCGAGCACAGCCCUCCGUGCCCCGAGAGGUGCCAGCCAUGCCCCGAGCACUGCCUGCUCCGGCCCCAUCACCCCCGGCCCGGCCCGACCAGACUUUCACCAUCGAGGCUCUGCUAGGAUGCUCCUACCCGCCGCCCCCGGCCCCGCCGCCGCCACCGCCGCAGUUCUGGGGUCCCUGGGGGUCCCUCCCAGAGUCCGGCCCCGCCGCCCGGCCCCUGCCGCCGCCGGUCUGCAUCGUCUGCCGCAGGGUCCCGCCCGCCUGGGCCACCCGGCUCGGGGACACAGACUUCCUGAUCUCCAAGUGCUGCCUCCCCAUCUUCAAAGCCAAGACUGGCAAAGCCAAGCGUGUCCGGACCAUCUUCACCAGUGACCAGCUGGCCCGUCUGGAGAAGGAGUUUGCAAGUCAGCACUACAUGACAGGCACAGAGAGGCGCUUGCUGGCCUCCUCCCUGUGCCUCACUCAAGAGCAGGUGAAAGUCUGGUUCCAAAACCGGAGGAUCAAGUGGAGGAAACAAAGCCGGGAACAGCAACAAGCCGAACUGGCCAGGAGGGGUUUGUCCAUCCCACAGAGCAGCCCUGACUCACAGAGCCACCACGGUGAGGAGGACAAAGACUUCCCAGCAGAGUCAGGGGACAGCCAGGAGCAUGUGGCCUCCUCCCCUGGCUCAGGAACAGCACCUGCACAGACCGUGGCACAGAGCUGCUGA